GUUCACAUUCGUGUAAUGACAUUGACCUGAAAGUGCCCGUCUAGCCUACCCGCAAGAUAAAUCAAAUGCACACACUACGACGAAGGGUUUGUUUUGUUUUGUUGUAAUGUUAGCCAACCGAAUGAAUAGAUCUUCAGCAGCAAGUGGAAUACCCUUGUCAACAUGUCCAAGCUUUGAAAGUUACUGUUCCCAGUGUGAGAGAGCGUCCCCAACCACUAACACCCCCAUGUGUAUCAUCUUCUUCAAGUUUGACCCUCGACCUGCAUCCAAAAAUGCCUACAGACUAAUUUUGGCUGCAAACAGAGAUGAGUUCUACAACAGGCCAACCAAAGCUGCAGACUUUUGGGUGAGCAACAGCGAAAUCCUCAGCGGGCUAGACCUGGAAGAGGGGAAGGAAGGAGGGUCAUGGCUGGGGAUCAACAAGAGGGGCAAGCUGGCCGCACUGACCAAUUACUUGGAGGGAAGGCCCAAUCCAGACGCACAAGGAAGAGGGUUCUUGGUGUCUAACUUCCUGACGGAUCAGAGCCAGGACAGCUACUCCUACCUGAAGAGGGUGUCAUCUGAGAGACAUCUCUACAACGGCUUCAACCUCCUCACAGCUGAGUUCAAGGCCAAAGAAGACACUAUGUGUUACUAUGGAAACAGAGGCAACACCGAACCCAUCCAUCUAAAUCCAGCAGGAAUCUAUGGUUUGAGUAACUCCCUGUUGGAGACCCCGUGGAGGAAGCUGCAGCAUGGGAAGAGACUGUUCACCAGUGUAGUGAACCAACCCUUGCCCUGUGACGUUCUGGUCCAUGACCUGCUAAACGUCCUCAACAACGAGGAGCUGAACACUCCUGACCCGGUUCAGGAGAGCCAGGGUGAAGGGUACAGCAGCCCCAUGCUGCGGGUCCUGUCCUCCGUGUGUGUUCGAUCCCCUCACUAUGGCACAAGGACCAAUACCAUUAUCCUCAUAGACUCAUCAGGGAACGUGACCUUCACAGAGCGCACCAUGCUCAACUGUGACAUCAGCCAAUGGAGCACAAGCUCUUUCCAGUUCAAACUCAAGGACUGAAGAUGGCUAUAUGGGAAUUACACUGUGCCUUUCUGCAUCCCUCCUCCUAUCCAUCCUCCCACAGCAAGCUCUGGUUACACCGUAGUGGAAUGAACAUUUUCCUUUUUUCAUUUAAAAUGGUGGUGGGAGAGUGAAAUUAUGGCACAUGUUUGGAAAGAGUUUGAUUUGCAUUUGUCAAGUAGUUGUCUGGGAAAUAUAUUUUAGCUUGGCUUAGACCUAUGAUUGUGUGAAUUUAUCAAAUCAUACAUUAUGGGUGUUAUUUAAUCUUAAAUUAUAUCAAAGAACUUGCUAUUCUUAUUAAAAUAUUUUGCUUUGUGUGCUUAAAAAGUGGUUUUAUUGCCAAAGAACAAAUGUAAUUUAUCAAACUAAAAUAAUCUUUUUACAUUUCACAUUGCAUCUAUUUACUCAGCACUGGAUUGCUGAGGAAGACGAGAACUAAAAGGUUGAUACGUAAUUUCUGGCUUCGUGGCUCAGACUGCCAUCUUCUAGGCAAGUUGGUUAGUAUCUCAAGAGUGUAAAAUGGUAACACUCAUAGAAGCAGCAGCAGCCAUCACCUAUCUGUAUAAAAAGCUGUACAAAUAAUGACAGGUUUGAUUUCCUAAAUGUUCAUCUCAGGUGUUAUAACUUUCCUGUGACAUAAUUAUGAAGGCGUAUUACGACAGCCUGCCUUGUACUAUAAUAAUUAUCAUUGCACCGGAUUUUGACUUUGUGACCCAGGUUUGCUAGUUACAAGUAAAUCACAGAGGAAAGGACUUUAAAUGUUUUUUCUAAAUGGUAAGCAAAGUGUUUUAUUUUUAUUUUUUCUGCCUUGUUCCACAUACUGCAUAGGAGAACAGAUUGCCUUGCUGUGAAAUAACUGAAAGGAUUCCUUUUGUCACUCACACCUUCAGUGUUCUGUGGUUCUUACCCACUUUUUCUCUAUGUAUAACAGUCCGUUACUCUCACAAAUUGUAAUGACCAUUUCAAAUUUUGUGUGUUGAUGUUGAGGAUCCCAGUGGUUUUAUGUAACUGACCGCAGGUAUCCAUAGAAGUAUCGAAACCCCUGUUUACCAUGUCACUGUUGUCUUGAUAUAAAUUGUGAAUAAAGUACUUUUUCAUCUGUAUUAUAAACUCAA